AUGGCUGUGCGGCUGCCGCCGCGCCGCCACGUGGGAUCCCCACGUGGACCGGCGGCGGCAAUCGCGGCGUCACUCACGGCGGCGCCACUUCUCCUCCUCUUCAUGUCCUUCGCCCUUCUUCCGUCCCCCGCGCUAUGCCAAUACUCGACAAUAGGCCUCCCGGUAGCGAUAGUAGGCGGCGGCGUGUACGAUCCCCUCACAGGCGACACGACGUCCCAGGUAUGGGAGAUUAAUCUCCGAACGCGUCGCGAAAUAGGCUAUUCCAGCAAAGCCGACAGCAACGCUAACGCGCAGCUCACUUCCUGCGGCGUCGCGACCGACGGCACGGCCUACUUAUCUUCGGGCGGCUCGUAUCUAAACGCGAUUAACUACACCCUAGACGGCGCGGUGCCGCUACCGCCCGUGGCUCUCCCCGGCGGGUUUUCAGGAACGGUUGUAGCGCUUGGGGGACCUUCCGAGAAUCUUCUGGUGGUAGCGGAUGGGUCGGAGACAGCGGCGGGUGCGGUUUCAGUAGACCGGGUGACGGGCUCGUCGCGCAAGCUCGUCGGAGCGGGUUACCAGUGUCUUUCCGCUUCGUUCUGCUCUUCGCCAGCCGCCUCCCCCUCGGAUUUCCUCGUGCUCACCUGCCACGUCACGGCUGACGAUUCUGACGUGGUGGUCGUUGUGCCGAUAGAUCCGACGACUGGGAAUUUCCAAGCCAAUGCGGCGAUUAAGAUGUUUUCGGCGUCGUACGCGGCGCGGCAGGCCGUCUGUUCUCCCGGCGGCGGCUUCUUAGCCAUUCUCCGGUACGACACGAACAUUCUCUACACGUACGCACUUCCGCUCGCGGGAACCGCGCUCCCGCCGCCGCUAUCGACAACAGUGCUGACGACAGGCACGCCCGGAUCACUCGGCGUGGAUCCGCAGAAUAAGAACGUGCUGGUUACCAGCGCCGCGAAUUACGGCGGCACGUCUACGCUCAUGGCGUCCCGAGGCGCGACCUUUUUGGGGACCAUGGACGCGAUUGGCUACACGGAGGCAGGAGGAUGCGCCUCGGCGGCGUACUUAGGCUCCUUUCAAUACUCCACCGCCGCAUAUGACGGCGGGGAGCUCGCGGUGUAUCCCAGCAGCCCGGCGCUGGCGCUACUCGCGCUUCCCGAAGGCGUAUACGCGAUGGCGCUUGCAGCGGACGGCGCGAUAGAUACCGACACGACGGGAUUCGUGCCGCUCGGGGGUACCGAGUCGGGUUCGAGCUUUUUCUCCAGCGCGCCCGCCGAAGCCGCCGCCGCCAUCACCCCCGCCAAAGCCGCCUCCAAGUCCGCCUCCUCCGCCGAAACCGCCUUCCCCGCCGCCGCCGCCCAAGCCGCCGAGCCCGCCGCCGAAACCGCCGCCGCCAUCUCCGCCGCCGAAGCCGCCGCCCAAUCAAUCCGCCAGCACCGUCACCGACACUUCCGUUCCGCUCAAUUCCCCCCCUCCUCCACUUGCCUCUUCCCCGCCCCCUCCGCUCGUUUCUUCCCCGCCUCCACUUGUCGCGUCGCCCCCUCCGCUCGUCGCUUCCCCGCCUCCACUUGUCGCGUCGCCCCCUCCGCUCGUCGCUUCCCCGCCUCCACUUGUCGCGUCGCCCCCUCCGCUCGUCGCUUCCCCGCCUCCACUUGUAGCGUCGCCCCCUCCGCGCGUCGCCUCCCCGCCUCCACUUGUCGCUUCUCCCCCUCCGCUCGUCGCCUCCCCUCCUCCACUUGUCCCGUCUCCCCCUCCGCUGCUGUCCUCCCCUCCCCCGUCUCCCCCUCCCUCGCCACCUCCCAUCCCCCUUCUUCCCCUUCCCCUUGUCAGCUCUCCGCCUCCUCCUGUGUAUUCUCCACCACCCCCUGUGGAUUCCCCACCUCCCCCGUUGCCUCCGCUCGCGCUAGCGGUCUCGAGCACUCUCUCCCCGCCUCCCCCAGUAGUCGAAUCCGUUACAAGCUGCCCCCCUCCCCCUGCUCAAACCGAUGCAAGCAGGACGCAUCCUCCGACAGUUGA